AUGGUUCGCUUCGCCGCUGUUGCACUCAUUUUUGCCGCGGCGUCCCUCGCGCUUGAGGCCAACGACGCACCCCAACAGGCGGCCGCCGUCUAUCAACGUGAGGAUGCCCAGCCUGCGCAGCCAGACAAUGCGGGACAGAAGGAGGAGGAAUUGCUCAAGGCCGUUGCGGAUGCCGCUGGGGAGAUUCAGAGAAUGAUUUUGGAGAUGACGGGCAAGUCUGCCCACUAG